AUGACUACGAGGAGCAAUACCGACCCUGACGAGCUGCUCCCGCUAACGGACCCUGAGGCUAUCAUCCGAUCUGGUAACGCCGAACAACGCCGACUCAAACAUCUCAAGUCCAACCCAACCAUCCCGCACCCACCUCCUUCUGAAACUACACCUGCCAUCGCGAUGUCCGACGAUACGGCCCCAGCUCAUGAAACAUCCGGGUCGACUCGCACGGCGGACGCCGCAGAUAUGCAGACCGCUAAAGACUGGUUCAAGUCGGUCUUCAAACUUCAACAUGCGUUCAUCGUCGAAACACAGGCCGAACGUCGACAAGCUGCAGAGGAUCGCCGACAAGCUCUGGAGGAUCGCCGCGCGGACCGACAGAUCCUUAUUUCUGCUCAUCAAGCCAGCGCCGCCCGCAUUAGCCGAUUAGAGGAACUACUUCUGGCGAUGAAUAUCAAGAACGAGGUCGAAGCUCGACCGGCACAGACAACUCCGGGCAAGAUCGACCUCCAGAAGUUCCGCACUUCGGAUGGGCCAACGUAUCGCGGGCCAUUUCAAGAGACCGAGUCGUUUCUUCGCUGGAUCCAUGGGGUCCAGAUUUUUUUCGAGACGAAGGACGUGACCAAUGCAGCGGACAAGAUCAAGAUACUUGGUAACCUCAUCGCCGAAACUAACCUACAGUCUUUCUAUGCCAACGAAGCGGCCGACUUUCUCACCAAGUCCUGGGAAGAAUUCAAAGCGCGACUGUUCGACUUCGCACUCCCCACAAAUUGGCGCUCCGGAUUACAACGACAGAUUCGCCAGCUUGAUAUGUCGCCAACGGAAACAUUCCUUGAGUAUAGCACGAGAGCACGUACACUACAGAGUCUGUUCAACUUCGAUGCCGGCAAAUCCUCGAAGCUUGGGGACCUACAACUCACCCAGUUUGUAGUUUACGGAUUGCCAGAUUCUCUUCAAGAUCGGAUCAACGAGCGCCAACUCCUCGAAGUGAUCCCGUUCAGUUACGGCCCAUUUGAGAAACAGGCCAAUACUUCCUUCAUGGCACUACAACGACCGGCCGUCCCCCCUGCUCCGACUAGAUCAACCCCGAGCGCACCAUCAAACCUUGCCCGCGACGAGUUUGUCUGGCGAGUACACUCGUAUCUGGAUUCGCUGGGUUUGUGCCACUUCUGUAAGAAGCACUGUGGCAACGCGGCUGGCGCCUGUCCUGGACCAAUCGACCGAUCCCGUAUCGACAUCCCAUCGGGUUUCGCAACCCCAGAGAAACCGGCCAACUAUGUUGCCCCACGCGCCUGGAGUAGGCCGACUGCUACGCCAGGAAAGCCCACGCAACCUCUGGCAGGACGUCCCUCAACUCGCGCUGCGAGCGUCGCGGGUGUUACGGAUACUACACCCCUUGAGGCUCAGGUUUCCGCGCUAACACUUGACGCAGCGAUACGUGAAGAUAAUCGUUGGGACACUUACUUCGACGAUGAGGGCUGCUUCCCUAGUCUAGAACCGGCCGCCGUAGCGGCGCUUGAGGAUCUCGACAGUCAACUCCUCGCGAACGAGAUUGCGAAGGCCGAACAAGCUGAUCUAGCGGAUGCUAUUGCCGGUCACCCGGGACGCGCUUGACUCAAAAUUCCGCCUCCU